CUCUCUCUCAGCUCUGCUGAAGAGAGGAUAAGGAGCUGAGCUCCCUCGUCGCGGCGAGAGGGAAACCCAAAUCAAUCAAACCGCGCCCUCGAAGCACGCGCAGCAGCAGCAGAAGCAAUGGCGGCCCUCGCCGCCCUCUUCGCCUCCCCGUCCCUCCCCUUCCCCUCCACCUCCGCCUCCUCCUCCUCACCGUCAUGCUCCUGCCGCUUCCGCCCCGCCGUCGCCUGCGCGCCGCGCCACCCGCCCGCCUCACGCCGCGUCACGCGCCGCUUCGACGAGGUGGAGGGGGCGUCGAAGAAGCGGCGGGGCGGCGGCAUUGGCGGCGGCGGCGGCGGCGGAGGGGGCUCUCUGGCCUCGUCAACGCGCAAGGAUAAGGGGCUUUCCAUCGACUUCAAGGAGUCGCAGGUUGCUGAUUUCGAGGAUCUUGAAGAGGACAAAUUCCUUAAUGCUGUUGUUAAGGUCUACUGCACUCAUAUUAGACCUGAUUAUGGGCUUCCUUGGCAGAAGCAAAGGCAACAUUCAAGCACCGGGAGUGCCUUUAUGAUUGGUGAUAACAAACUAUUGACAAAUGCACAUUGCGUUGAACAUGACACCCAGAUUAAAGUAAAGCGAAGAGGAGAUGACAAAAAGUACGUCGCCAAGGUCUUAGCUAGAGGCACAGAAUGUGAUCUUGCGAUGCUCUCUGUAGAGAAUGAAGAGUUCUGGCGAGGUACAGAACCACUUCAACUUGGUCGUUUGCCAUGUCUUCAGGAUUCAGUAACUGUUGUCGGGUAUCCUCUUGGUGGAGACACUAUAUCUGUGACAAAAGGCGUUGUAUCACGCAUUGAGGUCACACCAUAUGCGCACGGAACAUCAGAUCUUCUUGGGGUUCAAAUUGAUGCAGCAAUAAACGCAGGAAACAGUGGUGGACCGGCUUUUAAUGAGCAAGGGGAAUGCAUUGGAGUAGCAUUUCAGGUGUUCAGGUCAGAUGAAGCUGAAAAUAUUGGAUAUGUUAUUCCAACUACAGUCGUAUCCCAUUUCUUGAAUGACUAUCGGAAAAAUGGAAAAUACACAGGAUUUCCUUGCCUGGGCGUCCUACUUCAGAAAUUGGAAAACCCAGCACUGCGCGAAAGCUUGAAGGUGCCUUCAAGUGAGGGUGUUCUUGUCCGCCGGGUUGAGCCUACAGCUCCAGCAAGCAGUGUUCUGCGAAAGGGAGAUGUGAUAACAAGUUUCGAUGGUGUCUCGGUAGGAUGUGAAGGAACAGUACCAUUUCGGUCCACUGAGCGGAUUGCUUUCCGCUACCUCACAAGUCAAAAGUAUGCAGGUGAUGUUGCCCAACUAGGUAUCAUUCGGGAAGGCAAUGUCAUGAAAGUGCAAACCAUUUUGCAUCCAAGAAAACAUUUAGUGCCAUUCAAUGUUGAUGGGGGUCAACCUUCUUAUCUGAUAGUUGCCGGCCUUGUCUUCACGCCUUUAACAGAACCAUUUAUAGAGGAAGAGUGUGAAGAUACUUUAGGGUUAAAACUGUUGGCAAAGGCACGAUACUCUCUAUCAACCUUCGAAGGGGAGCAAAUCGUAAUUGUAUCUCAGGUACUGGCGAACGAUGUCAACAUCGGGUAUGAGCACAUGGGCAAUCAACAAGUCAUAAAACUAAAUGGAACUAUGAUAAAGAACAUCCACCACCUUGCUCAUCUAGUGGACACCUGUCAAGACAAGUUCUUGACAUUCGAAUUCGAAGACGACUUCCUCGUUGUUUUGGAUCGGGAAGAAGCUGCGGCCGCAUCGUCAGAUAUCCAAAAGGAGCAUGCCAUCCCCUCUGUAAGGUCAUUGGAUUUAUCUGAGCCCUACGUCGACACAAACCAUGAGGUCCAAAACCAAGGCGAGGAUUUCGGCGACAGUCCCGUGACAAACUUUGAACUGGGUGUUGAUUGUCUGCUGUGGGCGUGAGAAGCUGCUAUUGCUCCAUCCUAGAAACCAAGAACGCCCCAGAGUAACCAAGCAUGGGGGGUUUCAGUCGAAAAAUGGUAAUAACGCCGGUGGGUUUUUCCAUCCACCCGGUGGCAAAUACACUUGAUAGCGGCAAAAGUCGAGCCAUGUUGUAUUUUGUUGUAUCUCAAUGCUGGAAGGUUAGCUUAGGUGUAAUUUAGAGCAUGUUGUAUGUUAAAAUCACAGAAUGUUCCAUUCAUCAACAUUUUUCGGGGCAUUGUGGCCCUUGGCCGCCCUAUGUACGACUAGGUGACAAACGAUUCUUUAAAUUCUCAGAAGUGCAAUAAAUCAGAAAUUUUGUUGGAUUA